AUGGACCCCACCACGGAGCGCCGGUCGUUGCUGGAGGAGAUUGAGAACGCGCCGGCCAACAGGGCGCCAUCCGAGAAGAGCAUCAGGCGAUACCUGAGGAUCGUGCGCGAACAGAGGACCAGGGAAUCUGAGUCAGUGGCCAAAUGGGGUGCCGUCCUGCUGAGGAAGUACAGGAGGGUGUUACCAGAAGAGGAGCUGUGGCUGGUCCAGGAACAAGUGGCAAUGGCCGCGCUCGACUGCCAUGCAUUGUCGGUUGCUGCCACCUGCAUGAAGGCCAUCUCAAGACAGUUUCCAGACAGUGUCCGCGCCAAGAGGCUGAAGGGCAUGUACAUGGAAGCCACAGGGAACUUGGAUCGCGCAGAUGGGAUAUAUGACGAGAUACUGGCAACUGACCCCUGCAACGAGAUGAUCUUGAAAAGGAAGGCCACAUGCAAGAAGACCAAGGGGGACAUCCCAGGGGCCAUCCAGGCCCUGAAGCACUAUGUGGACAUCUACAUGCUGGACAGGGACGCGUGGGAAGAGCUGGCGGGCUUGUACAUUAAGCAGCACCUGUUCAAGCAGGCCGCCUUCUGCUUCGAGGAGCUCAUCAUGCUGGCCCCUAACAGCCUCACCUACAACUUGCGAUAUGCUGACGUGCUGUACACCAUUGGGCAGCAGGCCAACUGGAAGUCUGCACUGUCGUACUACAGCCGGGCCGUGGAGCUGUCGGGAGGGGGUUGUGUACGGGCGCUGUUUGGCGUGUGCUGUUGCCUGUCCAACUUGGACCCCAAGGGCCAGGAGGAAGAUGAGGAUGAGGAGGGGGGGCGGGCGCUGGGGCCCCUGUCAGCAAAGGCGCUGGUAAAGUGGUACAGCGAAAAAUGCCCUGAUAAGUUGCCGUACCUGAGGGAGGUGCUCAAGAGCCAAGAGCUCCUGGACUGA